AGUGAAUCUGUUUGGGAGAACAUGGCACGUAUGUGUGUCAAGACAAAGAGACUCGAUGUGGCCUCAGUAUGUCUGGGAAAUAUGAAGAGUGCCAGAGCUGCUAGAGCUUUAAGAAAAGCAAUGAAAGAACCUGAGCAUGACGCUCGCGUUGCCAUUCUUGCUGUUCAGUUAGAUAUGUUGGUAAGUACUCGUUUAUUUGCACAGGAUAACUUUAUUUACGAGAAAAUUUACUUCAACCAGACAAGAAAUGCAAUCUUCAAUUAUACUUUCCAGUAAAUAUAUAACUUACCCACAAUUAUUUUAAAUAUCUGAUGAAAUACACAAGCAAAAUUAACAAAAAAAUUAAUAAAAACACGGAGCAGUUUUGUAAACUUCCAACUGUCACGAAUCACACCGUCACGUUUUAAUACUGCAGGAGGAAACCUGAACUAAACUAACUCUAUUUGUACUGGAUAGCUCUGUCAGUUCUAAACUGUUUUAUAGUGCUCCAGUGAGAACAAUCUUUUAUUGACCCAAUGUUUAAUACUGCAGGAGGAAACCUAACCUAAAGUAACUUUAUUCUAGAUAGCUCUUUGAGUUCUAAACUCUUGUCCCUAUAGAGGAUGAAAAAGAGCCAUAAUGGUAUAUAUUUCUCUGUUUAGGACGAAGCUGAAAGAUUAUACAAAUCGUGUAAACGUUACGACCUCUUGAAUAAAUUUUAUCAAGCUCGAAACGAAUGGACCAAGGUAAACCUGAAAAAUAAGCUUUUUUACUAUUUAACAAUUUUUAGUUAUCCUUUGUAGAGUAAAAGCUCUCCCUUAAUUGGCCUUUAAAGCAUUUUAACCUAAUAUAUUGUUUUAUUGUAGGCAAUUGAGGUAGCAGAGCUCCAUGAUCGAGUUCAUCUAAGGACAACGUAUUACAACUUCGCGAAGUUCCUCGAAACCUCUGGAAAUAUUCAAGGAGCAAUUGCUAAGUACGUGGAAGCAUGGUCUUCUAGUAUAGAUGUUUCCCAAGAGUGUUGCUCAUCUUCGUUCCCGGGGCUUCUCGACAGUACCCGACAGUGCACUUCCGAAUAUAUUUUAGAGUCUAGAUUUCAAAACUUUUUUUAGCUUUAUUUUCUAGUUUAUACGGCUAGCUUAUUUAUAAAAAAAUAAAUGCGUUUGCCGCUGGAAAAACAUAAAAUUAACCGUAUGAAUGUAUAAGUCAUAACCAAGUGACGUAUUAUACUCAUUGGUUUUAAACGCGUGUUUAAAGUGCUUUUUAAGUAUUUUUUCCGGAAUUAAUUACUUUCUGUCCAAAAAUGACAUUGUAACGUAAUUAACAUUUUGGAUAAAGCAAGUUUGCUUCACUUCUAUGCACUCUUUACAAAUUCUGGAAAUUUCAAAACGAAAUGGCUUUGAAGGUAAAUUUGUUCUGCUGUCGACCGUUAACUCUAGUAAGUUGUACAACAGCAUGCAACGUCUAUGAAGACAAAUGCGGCUAUAAAUUGUGUUCCCUUGAGCGUUCACCGUAGUUGUUCAAACUGCUGCGUUAUUUACAUCAUUUUGACCGCUCAUAUAACUACGCCAACAGUUACAGUAAAACGUUGGACAUAGUUUGGACUGUUUUAUGGGAAUUAACUGAUUAAGGUCGUUUAAAAGAAAGAUUAUUUCUUUUAAUAGACCAAUAAAAUUUAGUAAUGUAUGCGUUUGAUCGAAUACAAAAAUAAAAGUGAUUUUGUUUUCUCCCGUUGCCGUUCUCGGUUGCCAAACAUACUAGUAGUAGGUCACGUGACGGUACAGAAAUUGGCUUAUUCAAAUUAAGUAUAACAAAUUGAACGCAGUUGGAUUAUUGAUUGUUGGACGACUUGUUUUGUAUCGGUAGCUUACUGAUGCAUUUUGAUAUUGUAGCAGUUCAAUCUCAUUAGCGCCUAAAUUAAUUACUAUUUAAUUACUUUUGAACGAAACUAAUAUGUAAUUUGUAACAAUUACCUUUUCGAAUAAAUAAUUGUAAUUUUUCUCCUUAUAUUUUGGUAAUUGUUACAAGACUGCAUCUGGUGUUGGGCUACAUAACGUACCUCCUGUCACCUAGCUUCUCAAUGACAAGUUAAUAACGAAGUGUUUUGCGUUCUAGUUAUGAGAAGUCAGACACGUUCAGAUUUGAAGUUCCCAGAAUGCUUUUGGACAACCCUAACCAACUGGAAAAUUACAUCAUGAAAACUAAGGAUAAGUAAGUAUACUGCUUAAAAUCUAAACACUUUAAAAAGUUUCAUGGAUAUUUAUUGGAUGAACGUUGACGUUACUAGGGGGCUAAGGAGGUUUUACCUUAUCAACAAUGAAGUUCGUCCCUAGUAACAUUGAAACAAUGAACAAAUGUUUAAUUUUUGCACAACUCGCGGUCAAUUGCAGUUGGUUGCACUAGUCAUUAAAUUUUUUCGUUCAAUACGUUCCAUGAAAUGUUCUUCAGAUCGCUUCGUAAAUGGUGGGCUCAGUAUAUGGAGAGCAACAGUGAAAUGGAUGUGGCGUUGAAAUAUUACGAAGCUGCCAAUGACAUCUUAUCUCUUGUCAGAGUUUAUUGCUUUUGUGGAAAUAUCGAGAAGGUAACUUGGUUUUCAUCGUACUCUUCUAUUUAUUGCACUAACCAAAUCUAGCUCAUAUUCAAAAAUGAAUAAGUAUUACUGCUAUAGUCUCGAGUAUAAUUGGGGGGGACCUUGCACGAGUGGGUCCGAAAACAAAAAAAUAUUAUAUACCAUUUACCGGAUUAAGUAUGCCCUCAACCAUCUUAAUCAGUCGAAAGCAACGAGGGCUGAUGGUGUACUACCCUGGGUGCCAGAGCUUCUUGUGAUAGAAGUGAGGACACGACGACGAGGCUCUGGUCACAUGAGCAUCCAGCCUCACUUUGGUGAGUUCAAUAUUUGAACUCUGUUUGUGAGUGGUCUAAAUUUAUGUGAGCCUUUUCAUUGGUUAACCGAUGAGCGUCGGAAAUAUUUUUUUCCCGAAAAUAUUUUUUUUCAGUAAGGACCUCCCAGCCGGUAAAUAACAUAUAUAUUUAGUGUUCAAAACGAGACCAACAAUGGGGGACGUUGGAUCAACAUAUUGGCGUCAUUUGAACGGACCUUUAUGAAAUUGAUAUAACAACUGUCUAUCUAAAUUGUUGUAAUUUGUCAAGGUGUGGACGUACUUAAUUUCUUAAAGGUGUUUAUUUUCCAUUCUAGGCAGCUGAAAUUUGCAACGAGACAGGAGAUAGGGCGGCAAGUUAUCAUUUAGCCAGACAGUUUGAAAACCAGGUAUCUUCGUAUCAUCGUUUUAUUAUAUGUUUAUGUUAGGCUCCAGUUACACGAUAUCGGAUUAGGUUAUCAUGACCGAGGUCACGACAAUCGACAUCAAAUUUUACGAUUUUAGAAGUGUCUCAACACUUAAAAUUGUGAUAAUAGAGAGUUGUAGCAGCGGCGAGUACGAGUAUAGGAGAUUCGUCACUUUUUUGCGAAACUUACUGAAAAUUAAAGUCGUCGCCGUCACUACGGACACCUAAUUGAUAUAACAACAAAGUUUAUGCUUGUGAUGUUACUCUGAGUGUGUAUCCACACCGGGCAAACUUGAAAAUUAUGCCUGGCCACGGUGGGAAUCGAACCUACGACCUUUGGAAUACUAGCCCAAAGCUUUGCCAACUGAGCUACGCGGUCAGGUCGGUUCGAGCAUGUGAUAUUUCGGAACUGAGUCUAGUUCCUUCGAUAUAUCAAUGCAGUACUCGAACCGACCUGACCGCGUAGCUCAGUUGACAGAGCAUUGGGCUAGCAUUCCAAAGGUCGUAGGUUCGAUUCCCACCGUGGCCAGGCAUAUUUUUCAAGUCUGCCCGGUGUGGAUAUACACUCAGAGUAACAUCACAAGCACAUAUUUACCUGAAUACAUUACACCAACACAGAAAAAAACAAAGUUGAUGUUCGCGGGCAUAAAAAUGUUUUUGACCUGACUCGAACUCAAUUUUAGCUCGAGCUAAAAUGAGUUCUGAGCAGGGCCAAAAACAAAGUUCGUUAAAAUUAGUUCUGAGCAGGGCCAAAAACAUAUUUAUACCCACGAACAUUAACUGUAUUACUUACUAUUAUAAUAACUUUAGAAGGCGAUUACAGUAUAAACGAUAAGAACUAAACAGCAAAUAGUGGAAUAAUUGCAAUGCCGCGUCUUCACGCUAGGCAUGGUUAUUUCGUUGUAUUAACUACAAACUCAGUUUAUGUACGGAGAAAAAUAAACUAAACCUUUCUCAAAAGACAAAAAGAAGAAUGAAAAAGAAUUUAUGAAGUAAUAGUUUGGUACAAAAAAGCUAGAGGAAAACUAACACUAACUAUACAUGAAAAUUACCUAUUUUAUUUGCUGGGUCCAAUGUCUGUACAGGGUUUUUGUUCGGCAAAUAGCCGAUUGCAGACCGUUUAAAUCUAUUUCUAAAACUUAUGAAACAACGACGUAAUUACAUUUUGUUUUUCUCGCAGGAUAAUAUUAAGGAUGCAAUUCAUUUCUACACUCGAGCCCAGUGUUUCAGUAACGCAAUACGAUUAGCCAAGGUAUGUAUUUUGAUAUUUAACAAUGAUUGAAUUCGGUUUCAACAUUAUGAGGUCAUACUGUGGAAAUACGAAUACAAAAUGUGGAAAGGGAAAAAGAAAUUGUAAUUAUUUCGACGAAUUGAACCCACAGGCCACAGCCGCAUGUCUUUUUCAUCUUUUAAAUAAAUAAACAAGAAAACGAUUAUUGAAUGAGGGUGACCAUGAUGUGAAGAAUUAUGAAGUCUGUAUUAUCAACGAAAGUAGUGACAUAUGUUUAUUAUCACAAUAGCCUAAUAAGCGUCCCUAUAAAAUUCUACCGCAUGCGUUCCACCUCAAAAUGCGAUACAACACAUUCUAAUGUCGAGGUAUUUGAGUCAUGUAAGUACAACUCAAGAAAACCUAAAUCGAUUAUUAAUGUCGUAAAUACUGAAACAACAACUCAAGAGUGGAAGGGUGGUCUGCCCUUAAUUACUGAGGUGACAGGAAUUGCAAACCACAAAACUAUCGGAAAUGACAAGAAUGAAGCAGCAUACCAUAAAGACAAUAGCCUAAUAAGGAACCUGGUAAGAUUCGAAUCAUUAGUGAACAGACAUUACAAGGCAGCUUAAGCGGGUCGCAAUCGCACACUCAACAUCCACAAAACAAUUAUUUUCGAAAACGAUUUCGGGGAAGACCUCCCCAAGCGCAGGAUCGUCUGAGCAAUUCAUGUCUGGGUCACCUGUCAUCCUUGCAUGGGUUCGAUACCAUCAUGUGCUUUACCUAGUGUUCAUGUAGUUUUAAUAACUUAGCCUGCUUUCAGGCUAACAACUCCCAGUAUCAGUCCUGAUUAUAUACAAUGCGAGUAUAUUACCUCCACGGCAAAGUUUUUAUCACAGCGAUUUGUUGCUUUCAACCGGGUUUUGUCCGCGUUUUGUUUGAUUGAUUUGUAUGUUUCAUCUCGCCCUUGAGUGGGCGGUCUGUCAGAGUCCAUGCAUGUCUCCUUGACCUAAGAGCAGACAACGUUUCAUGAACUGCCUGACCCGAGCCAAGUGAAAACCAUACUACGGACUUACAUAUAUUAUUUCCGUACUAUUUCCAACGAAGAUCCAUGCUAUUUCCAUAGUAAGAAUUUUGAAAAAUAUUUCCAGUGUAUUACAUAGGCCAGGUGAUCUCGUGUUCGUAUUUUAGCCAAUCAGCGCUCAGAAAGGGUUGUCCGAAUAGAAAUCCAUUUUGAUGUAUUCAGUCAAUUAUAUCUUUCGUUAUUCUUUAUGAAACUAGUUGACAUUUUGUAAUUAUGUUUGGUUAUAAUAGCUCUGACAAAAGUAUGGAAUCGAAAUAAAGUAUAUUACAGGAGAUAUUCAGUUGUUUUAAUCAUAAAAUGGAUUUCUAUUUGACAACUAGUGCCAGUACUUUUCCGCGUAUCAAGAUCAUCUGGUACCUAAAAGAUAUAAUUUCACAAUCAAAAGCUCCAUGAUCGAGUCGAAGCUAAGGCGCUUCUGGCAGCCACCUUAUGACUCGUGUCUGAUCUUAUGGUGGGUCGGGGGGCUUAUCACAAUACUAGAUUCCCCUUAGGGCCGGACCAUUAGAUUUUUGAUGGGGGGGUUGUGCAUUUUCCACACUGCUCGAUAUUUUUUUUUCGUCGUUCAGACAAGCAGGAUAUUUUUUUAUUACCUCUGUGUCCUUGCACGAUAUUUUUUUUCUCUCAACUUUCAAAAUCAAUAUAAUCAUUAUAUGUAUUAAAUAUGCAUAUUUUAAUAUGCAUACUUCAAAACUGUAAUAAUAUAUAAAAAUAAUAAAAUGCUAAAUUCAUCAAUUGGACAUUUUAAAUAGUGAAUUUUCAAAUAUAUGUUCAAAUAUAUGUUAUUAAAAUUGAUGUUUGAUGUCUGGGGUUGUUGAUCUUCCUGUUGAAUUAGAAGUAGAAGGCAAGGAGAAUCAAUUGAAAGCAUUUCUUAAAAAAUUAUCACUCGAAGACAAGUUUAAGAAUUUCCAAUCAAAUGGUUUGAGUCAAAUUGAACACCUACAGGAUAUUCAUGAAAAGGAUAUUGACAUGUUAGUUGACAGUAUUUGAAUGGAGACGACUUCAACGUGAGAUCACUACUUGGAGAAGUGAAGAAGAAAGUGCGAAAAUUGGUAAUGCCAAAACAAGUGUUGCUGCAUUCAAAACAUCUUCGGCAUCUACAGUCAUAUCCUUGCCCAACUCUUUGAGUAAUUUCUUUGGGACACGAGAUGGACAAGGGAACAUAGUCGUCUCUAUUGAAUCCUUAAAGAGAAAGUACAAGGCUCUAUGGUAUGAGAAUCCUGUCAAUCCAACUCAAAUAUUCUCCAACUCAUUUAUUCUACAAAUGGCAGAACAACGGAUGCAAUUUGAGAAGACCCUCCGUAGCUGUGAAUUAUGGUGCAGAAAACAAAGGUCAACACGAAUUUCUUUUUUUUCUGGCAUUGGCAAAAACAGUUGUGAUUUCAACGUGGAAUCAAUACUACAAGUCGCAAAGUAUUAUGGGAAAGUGUGAAAUAUUAGAAAAGCAACACCCUGCAGUAGCAUCAUUUUUGGAAAACAGAGUCAGAGAGGAAUCAUCCAAUGUGCCAUCAAAAGCCAUGUAUGAAAAUAUCUGCCAGUAUGUUGCAAAACUUGAAGAGGUCAGCACCUUUUCAACCAAUACCCUACAGAAGUGUGAUACUGAGAUGGCUAAAUGCAGCCCUGCUGGAGUACCCAAAAAAGGUACAGUAGUUUCCACUUUUCAGAAGAGAUGAUAGUAUUUUUAUAGUAGAAACUAGACCUAUAUUAACAUACAAAUUGGAAAUGUUAGCCAUAUAGGUUAAUACAUUUAUACAUUAAUCUCGAAUCAGGACUUGGGGUGGGGAGAAAAAUUUAAAAUUUGCUUCUGAACUUUAAUAGUUGCUUUAUAUGCACUUUAAUAUAGGUUACAAGGAUGAGUUGGAUUUCCUAUCAAAGAAUAUAAGAUCUCGACUUAUUGAGAUCGACACUUCCAUCAAAGAAAAGGCCAACAUGCUCGUGAGUGCAUGGAUGCACCCAGAGAGAAGCAUGGGUAUUCAAUUGUGUACAAAAGUCCAAAGCAGAAAAGAAAAAGUGGAAAAUCAAGUAUGUCCGUACGUGCAAGUCAAGCCAAGGAUGGUGAUUAUAAAACAACUACACUGA